AUGAGCUUCCUGUUCGACCCCGCGUACCACAAGGUCGGCAAGAACGGCGUGUGCGCGCCGGCGUCGCCGUUCCAGAACAUGUGCGCCUACCUCGGCGGGUCGGCGAUCCAGACCGUGGGCGACAACCCCGUGACGGCCUACCGGCAGCUCGUGCAGCAGUACGCCAAGGACCUCAACGGCAACACCGUCGCGCCCAAGGUCGCGGUCGGCGAGGCGAACGCGACGUUCAUGAAGAACCCCGUCGGCGCCAUGCUCAGCGGCCUCUGGCCGCGGCUCAUCGGCGUGCUCCUGAAGCGCAUCCCCAAGUUCGGCUUCCUGCUGGGCUACUCGUUCGUCGUCGGCGAGGGCGACCCGGGCUUCGCGGCGGCGACGUGCGCGUCCAUCUGCAGCGCGCCCUUCAUCAACCCCGUGCGCCUCGUCGAGAAGCAGCAGCGCGCCUACUUCAAGACGACGGGCACGGAGAAGCCCAUCCUCGAGAUCCUGAGCGAGGCCAAGGCGAAGAACUUCGCCCCCCUCUUCCGCGGGACGAUCCCGCUCAUGGGCCACUCCCUCGCGUCGGCGAUCCUGGGCCUCGUGGGCCAGCCGAAACUCCAGAAAUACGUCCAGAAGGAGCUCGGCGCCUCCGGCUCCUUCUCCGGCUCCGCGACGAACCUCGUCGCGUCCGCGGUCGUCUCGCCCAUCUACGUCGUCGUCACGAACCCGCUGAGCCGCCUCGAGGUCAUCAUGCAGACCAACUCCAUCAAGGGCAAGGCCAUCAGCCCCAUCGAGGCCGUCAAGGAGAUGACCGCCGACAUGGCCAAGUUCGGCCUCAAGGGCAUCUUCCGCGGCCAGGGCAUCGGCAUCGCCAAGGCCAUCGUCUCGCUCACGCUCUUCCACGAGGGCCGCAUGUACAUCGCGGCCAAGUUCAAGGCCUCCAACGAGUCCAAGCUCGCCUAG